AUGACUGAAUCAGUAGAAUGCGCGCUAUCACCAAGUUUCUAUUGUCAUGAACGUUUAUGUCGACCUCAUCAUUGGUCAUGUAGCGAUGGUCAAUGUUUACCACGCGGAAUGAUACGUUUUAGAGGAACAUGGAUUACAGACUCAAAUAUAAGUUGCUUCAAUCUUCGUGAUGUCAAUUUUAUUUGCGAAUUAAAUAAAAACAUACAAUUGUGGACAAUUGAAAAUGGAUUUUGUCUGAACUUUCGGAACAUUUCCUAUGGUAUGCCGGUCAAUCAGUCUACAAAUGAUGUAGACUAUUGUACUUUUCUUCUUAAAUGCGUGUUAUCUAUGAACAUGAAUGCCGAUUGUCCUUGUUCAUUUAUGAACAAAUCCUGUGCUGAAAAACUUAUGAAAGGAUGUGAAAAUUUGGGCAUGAUUGCAUAUCCACAUGGUCCUUUAAUAAAUCCAUUUACAUGGUCAGUCUAUUAUGUUAACAAAACCGCUUGGCUAGAUACAGUACCUGAUUACUUCUAUUUCAAUGGAAGCAUUAAAUGUAAGUAAAAUGCAACAUUAAAUUCAAUGAUAACAUAGAGUUUACUCAUCUGAAUAUUGAAAUUCAUAAUAUCAUUGAAACUUAAAUAUUUUAGACAUUGCUAUUUCCGAGUAAUUGUAUUAUAUAACUUCUCAGCACACGUUAGACGAAGAUCGAAUGACUUGGUUUUGUUUUA